AUGGUCUCCGUCCACGCCCCCUCUUACAUACCUCCACUCGCUUUUGAAUCAUUCUCGCUCAGCGAACCUGAAAAACAAGUGACUCAGCUGAACCUGAGCUCCGCAGGCUGUGAUCUGCCAUAUGCGUAUUCGCCACUACCAGCAAGAAUACGUGGGCCCCGCCAUCGACAGAGACGUGGUCAAAGUUCACAGCAGUUGUCUGAUGGCUACUAUGUUCAUUAUUCCUCUGGCACGGGCGACCCACAGCGCUCACUGCAGAGGAAGUCGACUAUCCCUCAUAAACCCAAGGGCGUGAACCCGCUGCCUUCGCGCGCGCGCGGCGCUUCUUUGCGCGAUGCCCCGAACCGAUUUACGUCCGCUGUGGCUAUCCCUCCCUUACUUCCUUUUAGAUCGCAACCUCAAGCCGCUAGUAUUUGCGCCCUGGUGGACGAACGGAAAGUGUCAGAAGUCGCUCAAGAGGAUCGCCAUGCAGAGAUGUCACACGACGCUGCACUGCAAAGCUUAGGCAAUGCCAUGGGGACGAACAGGGCGCGGGUUGCACCUGGGCAGACACCGCAGAACCUGAGUACGGAGAAACCAGAGUCGGUUCGUGCUUUAAACACUGCUGCACAAAUGGUCUCAUACAAAUGCACAUCCGCACCUGCGAGUGGCUCGACGAGCCUUCCUGGACCCACGAUGCUGCAGAGAGCGAUGAUGUUCGCCCCCGGGCCUGGACACGUUGUGUAUGACGACGCGUGGCUGGGUGCCGUCAGUGCUGCCUCAUCACGCCCAACAUCCGCAUUACCGGGCGAGACGAUCGACCAACUAGAAACGCUCGCAGAAGAGCUGCGGACAAUGCAUCCGGCUGUACUCGAACAGUUCCGUCCCCGCGCCCCAGCACCGCGCCACGGUCCACGUCCGUGCACGCCACAGAGUGUUCCGACUACCCCAAAUCCUCGGGGACUAGUAUCAUCCACAUCCCGCCCGUCUACCAGUGCAGGCACUUCGGGAACUCUUGAUGCUGCACCGGAGGGUGAUGGGAUGAUUGGGUUCGGCGACGAUGAACGCGCAGCGGACAUUGAGUCUCGUGCUCCUGCGAAAGAAAAGUGGAAAGCGACGUGGAUCCCGGACUCAGAUGAUGAAGACGAAGCGUUGAUUGACGUCGUCCGCAGAAUCAAUUCUGCCCCACGAUCGAGCAGUCCAGUGAUUGAGCUCGACGGCGAACAAGCUUACAACGCCAAGGAUGCUCCUGAGUUCUUAGUGGGGGCUUCCACGUCGUCCACUGUGUAUCCAACAUCCGGCUUCCGCAGCGGUUCUCGUCAUAUACACCCCUCAACCUCACGCAAAGCUCGUUCCCGUAGUCGUCCUCGCAAACCCGCUGCUUUAGUUUUAGCCUUGGGGUCGCAGCCCGACCCCGACGCGCUCGGUAAUUAUCAAGAUUAUCUAACAGCACAAUCUGGUCAUCCAAGUAGCACGACCCCACAACGUUCUGUACCCUCGACCCCACAUCAUUUGGCUACCCAGAUGGAUCUGCGAGGCCUGGAGCUACUCAUAGGACCCAUCGAGCUGAGGCCUAAACCCAAGCCGAAAUCGAUGACCAGGUUACCUUCUUCUAUAAACCUCCAUGGGCACUCCACGGGGAAUACGUCGAGUCGGAACAUACAUUCCCCGAAUAAGGCGGAAACGUCCCAGGGUACAACUUCGCCUAUCCGUCGCAAUGCUGCUGCUCCUCGUUCCAGGCGCAGACUUGGCUCUUUUUGGUCAUUACGACGAUGGUUUGGACGAUGGAUUCGGUAA